AUGAGUUUAACGUCCAAGCUAGACAACACGAGAGAUUAUCCGUCAAGACAUGCAAAGGAGAAGAAAGAGGAGGAUAUGGUAUUCGUGGGAGCUUUUGAAGACGAUGAAAUGGGAAAUGAAGCAAAACGAGGAGGAAACAGAGCUGCUAUGUUUGUUUAUGUGACUGAAGGGCUUGAAAAUAUGGCAUUUGUGUCGGUGGCAUUGAGCCUUGUGACGUAUUUCAGUGGAUACAUGAACUUCAGCUUGACAAAAUCAGUGACCACACUCACUAACUUUAUGGGAACAACGUUUCUUCUCACACUCCUCGGCGGUUUCAUCUCUGAAACUUAUCUCCCGAGAUUCAAGACUUGCGUCCUCUUCGCUUCCUUUGAGCUCAUGGGAUAUUGUCUGCUAACGGCGCAGGCACAUUUCCCGCACCUAAGGCCAGCUCCGUGCAAAGGUGCGGCAGCAAGGAGCGAGUGCGAGGCGGCAGGCAGCGGUCAGGAGGCGAUUCUAUACGUGGGAUUAUACCUGAUAGCACUGGGAACGAGUGGCGUGAAAGCGGCACUGCCAGCGUUGGGGGCGGAUCAAUUCGACGACAGAGAUCCGGCCGAGGCGGCGAAGGUGUCGAGCUUUUUCAAUUGGUUCCUGUUCAGCCUGACGAUAGGGUCAAUUGUGGGAGUGACAUUGAUAGUGUGGAUAAACACAGAGGUGGGUUGGGACUGGGCGUUUGUGGUUUGCAGCAUUGCAAUUCUUGUCGCCGUUGUUGUUGUGUUUGCAGGCAAGUCGUUUUAUCGCAAUAAUGUGCCUAAAGGAAGCCCCAUUCUUAGACUUCUACAGGUCUUUGUAGCUUCAAUCCGGAACAGAAAACUUCCACUUCCAGAGAAUGUUAAUGAACUACAUGAGAUUCGUGACAAAGAAGCUGCAAUCCCACAUGAAAUCCUUGAGAAAACUGAUCAAUUCAGAUUCUUAGAUAGAGCAGCCAUUGUAAGGAAUGAUACAAAUGCAUCAAUGUCGGCAAAUCAGCCAGGGCCAUGGAGACUCUGCACAGUAACACAGGUCGAAGAAACAAAGAUACUAAUUAGAAUGCUUCCAAUUAUAGUCAGCACCAUUUUCAUGGCCACCUGCAUGGCUCAACUCCAAACAUUCUCCAUUCAACAAAGCAUAACUAUGGAUUGCCAGUUCCUCGGAUUCAAAAUUCCAGGCCCUUCCGUCCCCGUCAUUCCCUUGCUUUUCAUGAUCUUCUUUAUCCCCUUUUACGAGCAUGUUUUCGUUCCUCUUGCUCGUAAAAUUACCGGGAUUCCCACAGGAAUUCGGCACCUCCAAAGGAUCGGCAUUGGACUGGUAAUCACUACUGCAUCGAUUGCCAUUGCCGCAGUCGUGGAGACUCGCCGCAAAAAUAUUGCAAUCAAACACAAUAUGGUGGAUAGUGAGGAGCCCUUGCCAAUGACCGUUUUCUGGUUGGGAUUUCAGUUUUGCGUAUUUGGAAUGGGCGAUAUAUUCACUCUCGUGGGACUGCUGGAAUUCUUUUAUGCAGAGAGCUCAGCAGGAAUGAAAUCCCUGAGCACAGCCAUCGCUUGGUGUUCGAUUGCAUUCGGGUACUUCACAAGUACAGUGGUGGUUGAGGUGGUGAACAAGGCGAGCGGAGGGUGGCUGGCAAGCAACAAUCUCAAUAGAGACAACUUGGACUAUUUCUACUGGUUACUGUCAGUGUUGAGUGUGCUAAAUUUUGGGUUUUAUUUGGUUUGUGCUUCUUGGUAUACAUAUAAGAAUGUUGGGGUCCUUCAAAAUGAUGCAAUGGAAGAAAAGGUUGACAUAGCAAGGGGUAUAUAGGAACAUGUUUGGUUGCCGUUAAGGCCCUAAAUCUAAUGUUUCCUGGUAAAUUGUUUUAUAAAUCCUUGUGAUACGUUCCUUCUCAUCCCGUCUACUAAAAUGAUAUUCGUGGAAUCCAAAAUAUUCUUUAUAUAUUAAAAAAAAACACUUCAAAAUGAUUAAAAAAAAAUAAAACCAACUAAUUCUGCUCUGCUAAUGCUACCAUUGACAAUCAUAUCAUCUAAAGGAACACAGAAUACCAAUUAUCUGAAGCCUCUGAAUUCAAAUACACAGAUUCCAUCUAUAAAAUUACAGGAAAGUGAGAACAUGGAGAGAUGGAGGAUGGCUAAAGCUGAGAAACCACAGCAUAAAACACACAGAAAAUAGACACCAUGAAAUUUGUUCAUUACUAAGAUACAUUUGUUGCGGCCAUAUAUGUGCACAAUGGCCAAGACAAUACAGCAAGCUGAAGGUGAAUGAUGAUCAUCCCUAGCCUGUUCGACAUUCCCUUGAAGGCAGGAACACGUAAACCCUUCAAAAAAUUGAGAACUUUGGUUCCGGAAUUAGUUGGGGGCCAAAAGAUCGGUUCCCCUCUACUUUUUCCUUCCAUUUCUUCUCUUUUGUUUUCUUUUUUUCAUUUUUUUU